UGCUUGUCCAGCAAUGCGUGAUCCUUUCUCUUCAGUGCCCUGGAGCUGUGCAGUUUAUCAUAGAGGCUCCAGCUCUGUGUCUCGAUCUCGAUCACAUUACGCAACACUGCUUCAGAAGAGAGGCAUGGCUACCUGCAACAGUGGCGGAGUGAGGUGGCUUCUUCCUUCAGUAUUUAUGCUCGCUUUGUCGAUGUUCCUACUUCUCCAGCUAACCAUUAGUUUGAUACUACUGCGUACUUCGGCUGGACCCGAAGAUCCUGUUUUUACACUCAUCAGUAUAAAGGGGUUUGGGCGUACCGAUAAAUCGACGUGGUCCGAAGCAAGCGUCGCUGGACGACUGGGAAUGUGGGGCUUCGAGAGUGCGCCAGAACUUUUGGCUGAUGAAGAAUCCGCAGGACUAGGCGCAUACGCAGAUGAGAAUGAACUGAAUUCACGCCAGGUCACUGAAACAGGGCUGGUGCUUCAGCCAUGGGCAUCAGGACAACCCUCCUUCAGCACUGAGGUCCAGUGUCUCACCCAGUUCAUCACUACAGCAGAGGUGAACUUUUCAAGAUGGCAGCAUUCAGAUUGGUCUCAGCCUGCACAGGUGCUGGAAGGUUCUGUGGCUUUGUGCAUGAACCACUGGACUAGAGGCAGUAGCUGUGUGGCUUACUCCUUCAGUCUGGAUGGGAAAGACGCAGUGUUUCUGGAAUACACAUUAAAUAUGGGAUGUGAGGUACAUCACUUUGACCCUAGACAUCAGGUCAGACAUGUUAGUGGUUCUGUAUUUGGAUCCAUCCAGCACCAUCAAGCUUGGCUGGACUGGAGACACCCCCGCAGUCACUCUCACAGGGCAGCUUUGGGUACAGGGUCUUGUAGGCUUGUGGACAUCAUGAGCUCUUUGGGUCACAAAACGGUAGAUGUUCUCUGGGCAGACUUGGAGAGUGCAGAGUGGCGUAUGCUAGAGAGCUGGGUUCAGGAUGGAACGCUCAGAAGGAUCAGUCAGCUCAUUCUGACCAUACAUCUACAGUGGGCAGGAUUUGAAGUGGGUGGGACAGAUGUGAAAGUAGUGCGAUUCUGGUACAGUGUACUGAAUACACUCUACCGCUCAGGGUUCUUUCUCACCCACUUUACUUCUGGACCAGGACACACAGUAUUGAGACAUGAAUUUCCCAAUGCACACAGCUCAUACACACUCAACUGGAUCAGAACAGGUGAGCAACUCUGAAAGCCACCUGCAAAGUCCCUCAAACACAACACUCUGCAAGAACCACUUUGGAACAGUUAAGGGAAAACCAAGAAACUGCCUAAAGAGCCUCCAAACACACAUGCUGCUAAAAGAUCAUGUGCCUUUUUGUUCCUCUCAGACAUUGCAGUAUUCAUAGGUGCACUGAAAAAAACUUUGUUUUGCAUAUCAUGACCACUAGAUUUGAUACAAGCACAUAAAAGAGCAGGGUUCUCAUGUACAUCCUAAGUUUAUUGCUAUAUAUAGCAAACAGUACAGUAUGGAUAAAACAGAGAAGAGCCACAAGUCAAGAACCAAUUCAGAACCAUACUGUAUACAGACAGUACUUCCUGUUUCAAUAUACAGGAGCUGGACAAGGCAUUUUGAUAAAAUACCUUAAAGACAAUGCAUGUAGAACAAUUUAAGGACACAUUUUUGAUGAUGAAAGCCUCAACCUGAUCAGAUAAAGAUUAAUCGCAAACCAAAAGUCUGUUAAUGUUUUAAGUACAUUGCGUGAUAAUUUAAGAAUAAGGUCCAAGUUGGGUGUAAUUUGGAAACAAUGAAAAGUAUAAAAUAAGCAAUUUAUAGUGGCAAAUUAAACUUGUGAUAAAGCCAUACAUGUUAAAGGUUAUACAGAAAUGUGUUUACUUAUAAUCUGCCUCUUAUAGCCCAUGAAAAACUUGCUAGCACUCCAUUGACUACUCAUUAGGACUUUAUGCUUGUAGGGAAAUUUAUGAAAAUAGAUUAAAUACAAAGUGCACAAUGAAGUUUUGAGUUGUUAUUAUCCCUGAUUUCUACUUCUGAGAAAAUUUUGCAAAGUGUUCCCGAUAACUAUAGUUAAUUUAGUUUAAAUUUAUUCUGAAUGAAACUGGAUAAAUGUUGUGCCAAAUAUUUGAACUCCAUGUAUAAAUGAACAAUGAACUCCAUGUAUAAAUAAAUGCUUUGCUUCAGGUGCAUAAAGUUUCCUGCACACUGAUACAAGCAUUUUGUACUGUACACUGAAAUACCUUACUGCAAUAGAUUAGCAGUUUGUGGGCACACCUAGACUAGAUGCCCCUUUUGUUGCAUGGAAUCUUACUUUUCAACUGGAACUUCAUAUUUAAGUGCAUAAUGGUAAGUGGAACUGAUGUUUUAGGCUAAACGUUUUUGAUAAUUUGGUGUAUAAGUAUGGUAGACUUUCUUUUGUUUGUUCUUUGUGUGUGGUAUGAGGUGCCCUCUAGCGAUGGUUUGGAGAUACUGCCGUGUGUUUACCGAAUCUCGUGAUGUUAUAAAUUAUAUAGAGAGCUAAAAAGUGACCUUCAUUCAGUCCAUGCAGUAACUAUACAGGGUGUCUGGUUUGCAUAUACGUAUACCAGUGCAUAUACUUAAGCACAGAUUUGAGACCAACUAAAAUUCUAAUUGAAAUUAA